AUGCUUACCGACAGUGAAAAUCCCGUCACCAAGCAAGAUGAUGAUAACGACGCUUCGCCUGACAACCUUACUGUGAGGGUCGAUAAUAUUGAAGUCGUAAAAAAUCCCGAUAAAGAGGCAGAUGCAGAAGAUCCGAAACCACGUAUAGUCCUAACAUUUCGUUCAGAAAAGUCAGGUGCAAGGAGCAGCAACAUGAAGAUUGUAUCCACGGAGGAGAAACAUGAAGAUAUAUCACCCAGACGUUCAGUCAGACGACGCAAUACAAUCAACUAUAAUUAUGUAAAGGAAUCUGAUGAUGAGAAUAUAAGUCACGCAGAUUCAGAUGAUGAUGAGCCUAUUGAAAGCAUGACACACAAACGUUCAACGAGGCGGAGAAGUAAAGAUUUCUCUGAUGUCAUAGCCAAUGCAAUAGCUAGAAAAGAGAAAUCUUACAAUGAAGGUAGCUCAGGUCCAACUCAAAGAUUGUCUCGCAGAAUUAAACCAACAGCUAAGAUAUUGGCAAACGAGGAAUUGAGGAUGGGUUUAGAGUCACAGAAUAAUGCCCGUCUAGGAAUAUCAACUGAGAAAACAGUAGAAGAAGGUGUGAGGACGAGGAGAUCAGCUCAAGCAAGGAAUUCUGAGACAGUCACAGAAAAAAGAUCAUCUAAACGUAAAAUACAUGAAGAUUGUACAUUUGAAAGUAAAGACGGCGAUAACUCAAAUAAAAAGUUAAUGCACAUGGGAACAUUGGGACUGAAGAUUGCAAAGGAUGAAGAGUCCAGCGAAGCUGAGAACAGAAAAACAGAAAGUUCAGCUCGCGACGGAGAAGACGAGGAGAUCGAUGAUGAUACAGAAGUGAUCAGUCAACUGCUGCAGGCUGAUGAAGAGAGUGUCAGUGAUGAAGACUUCCGUCCUGAUACAUCUAAGAGGAAACGAUCGCGAAGAAAUUGUUCACCUGCUCCCCUCCGUCGUUCAUCUCGUAAAGCCAACCUCGGUCUUUACAACUAUGACGCGUAUCAAUUUGAUGACAUCAUUGAUAGUGACUUCGAACCUAAGAGGAAAACUACUAGGACACAUACAGAAGAGCCUCAAUCUGAAGAAGAAACGGAAACAAAAAUUGCAAGUGAAGCAGUUGGUGGUGAGGAGGAGGAAACAGAGCCGGCUGCUCCGUCAGAGGCGGCCACAGUCGUCGCGACGUGUCUCUGUGAAGAAUCUAGUAACGUUUACGCAGCGCCCACAGACCUUACAGAGCCAGUAUUCUGUCAGGCUAUCGAGAUGGUGGAGGGUGUUCGUGUGGGGUGCUCCCACCGCGCGGCUCGGGCUCCCGGAGGCGAGCUGUUGGCGCUCCGCCGGCCGGGACUUAGGGCUCCCUACUUCCUGGCGUGUAAGCUGCACGCCGCACAACUCACCAAACACAUGUGCUGUCCAACAUGCGGCCUGUUCUGUACACAGGGUAUAUUCUACCAGUGCUCCAAAGACCAUCUUUUCCACAUGGACUGUGGUAUAGGCGGCGAGGCGAGGCAGCGCGCGGGCUGUCCUCACUGCGGGGUGCUGUCUCACAGGUGGCAGCCUCUCAACACGGACUACGGACGGGUCAGGGUCGACAUGCACUGCAGUAACAAGAGGGUCUUCCUGCCCGACCAGAGGGAACAGUGUACCCCAGCGUUCCUCGGCUUCUCAUCACUGGACCCCGCUCUAUUGGACCCUGAGCCAACCUUCCCAGACGAGUUACUGCCUCUGAUACCCGACGUUAAGAAACUGAUGGAAGCGGCCGACAACGAAGACCGUGACCAGUGCACUGCACAGAAUAUAUACGAAUUAAUUAUGACUGAAAACGACGUGGAACAAAUACUAACCAAAAUAGUUCGUUGUGAGAACAUUAACGAGUGUAUACCCGAGGCGUCGAGCGGCACCCUAGCGCACGUGGCGGCGGUCCGCGGCCGACUGGCGCCUCUCAGUGUGUUGAGGGCGCGCGGGGCGGACAUGGACGCGCUCGACAACACGUGUAGGACUCCGCUCAUGAGGGCCGUGCAAGCACUACUAGAUAAGGAACAUUCAGAGGAAACGGAAUUCGAAGGCAACGAAGCCGAAGUGGUUAAGAAAGAAGAUGAAGUUGUUACAAAUUAUGAGGAUAAGGAAAAGACGGAGACUACAGAUAAAGAAGACCACGAACUGAAAGAAGACCAGGAAGUACACGAGGAGCAGACCAGACCAGCGGACGAAGACCUGCUUCAUGUUAUCAAAUAUUUAAUAGCGGCCGGAUGUGACGUCAACAAACAGGGUCCGGAGGGCAUGUCGGCGUUGCAUAUGUCGUGUCAGUACGGCGGGGCGAGCGUGUGUUCCUUGUUGUUAGAGGCGGGCGCGGCGGUGGACGCGCGCGAUCACGGCAGGUGGACGCCGCUCGUACGCGCCGCUGAGAACAAACACGCCGCUGUUGUCAGGUUACUACUGGCAGCUGGUGCGGACGCCGCCUGUUGUGACAACGAAGGCAACCAGCCCAUACACUGGUGUACACUGGCGGGUGACCCGCGAUGCCUCGCCAUGAUACUGAGAGCCGCGCCGCACGCCACUGACGCUCCUAACGCACACACUGACACGCCACUCCACAUCGCCGCUCGCGAGGGUCACUACUCAUGCGUGGUCGUGUUACUCGCCCACGGAGCAAAGACGGACAUAGAGAACUCGUCGGGUGAAUUACCGGUGGAGGUGUGCAGCGGUCCGUGUCACGAAGCCAUCUCUAUGAACAUGCAGAUGACACUCGCGGUCAAAGACACUAUGACACGGGUCAAGGUCAUCACCAGUGACCUGUCCAACGGCCGCGAGCCCUACCCCGUGAGUGUGGUGAACGAGGUGGACGACGCGUCCCCCGCCCCCUUCACGUACGUGUCACAGCAUGUGCUCACUGAACACCUCACCAUAGACAACACCAUAGAGACCAUGCAGGGCUGCGAGUGUGCGGACGGGUCGUGCGGCGCCGAGUGCGGCUGCUGCGUGUUGUCGGUGCGCCGCUGGUACCGCGCCGGCCGCCUGCCGCCCGCCUUCCCCCACCACGACCCGCCCGUCAUGUUCGAGUGUAACCACACGUGCGGCUGUAACAUGAAACGUUGCACGAACCGCGUCGUUGGUCGUAUGGAGAGCGCGGGGUCGCUGAACACCCCGGUGCAGGUGUUCCGGACCCGGUCCCGCGGCUGGGGGCUCCGGGUGAUGUCGCGCGUGUCCCGGGGGCAGCUGGUGGCGCUGUACCGGGGGGAGCUCAUCACUAGCGAGCGAGCGGACGCGCGGACAGACGAUCAGUAUAUGUUCGCAUUGGACCUGAAGCCUGACUUACUGGAGCAAUGCAGUGACAAGACGUUGUUGUGUGUGGACGCGUGUCGUUUCGGCAGCGCGGCCCGGUUCAUGAACCACAGCUGCCGGCCGUCCGCGGCGCCCGUCAGAGUGUUCACGUCGGGUCGAGACCUCCGCCUGCCGCACGUCGCGUUCUUCGCUCUCAGGGACUUGGCGCCCGGAGAUGAGCUAACAUUCGACUAUGGAGACAAAUUUUGGUCAGUGAAGUCAAAAUGGAUGAAAUGCGAGUGCGAGUCACCCGACUGUAGAUACCCAACUAAGAUGGAAGAGUCUGAUACAUAG